AUGGGAGGAGGUGAGGUGUGUCGAUGUGGGGAUGUGAGGGUGGGAAUGGGAGGAGGUGAGGUGUGUCGAUGUGGGGAUGUGAGGGUGGGAAUGGGAGGAGGUGAGGUGUGUCGAUGUGGGGAUGUGAGGGUGGGAAUGGGAGGAGGUGAGGUGUGGCGAUGUGAAGGGGGGAAUGAGAUGAGAGGAGGUGAGGACCCUGGCGUGUACCACAUGAGCAUCUUCCUAGCUUCUCACGUCUCUCGCCCCUACCUGCCACCGCCAAACAGUUUCAGCAUCCCCACCUGCGCUACCCCUCUCCUUCCCUCCCCCCCUCUCCUGCACUCCUGCGAGCUGGUGGACGAGGUGCGAGCUAGUGGACGAGGUGCGGGCAGUGAAGGGCGUGAGCAAGCGGUUGUGCCCGCUGCGUGUCUCUCUGGAUCGGGUCAUUCUCACCGCCACUGGCGUGCUGCUGGCUUGCUGGCAGUUGAAGCAUCAGUGGUGUUUGCAUGGAGUGCUUGCAUGCACAUGGUGUCGCCCUCACAGCUACACGCAUGCACUCGUGCCCAUGGCACUGGAACGUUCCAUUCGCACUGCCACUGCUGGCAUGGGCAGUGCAUGAAUGGUUCACGGGUGGUGCAUGGGAGAUGCAAGGCAUGCAUGAUGCACCAUGCUCGCAUAGCAUCGCACAUGCAAUUGUUGUUCACCUCUCCGCACCGGGUGGUGGAGGGCACGGAUCCAGCGGAGGUGACUUUUGAGUCGAUUCAGAAGCCACUUGGAUGCAGGACAACAUUCCACCUCUCCCCGCACCAGGUGGUGGAGGGCACGGAUCCAGCGGAGGUGACUUUUGAGUCGAUUCAGAAGCCACUUGGAUGCAGGACAACAUUCCACCUCUCCCCGCACCAGGUGGUGGAGGGCACGGAUCCAGCGGAGGUGACUUUUGAGUCGAUUCAGAAGCCACUUGGAUGCAGGACAACAUUCCACCUCUCCCCGCACCAGGUGGUGGAGGGCACGGAUCCAGCGGAGGUGACUUUUGAGUCGAUUCAGAAGCCACUUGGAUGCAGGACAACAUUCCACCUCUCCCCGCACCAGGUGGUGGAGGGCACGGAUCCAGCGGAGGUGACUUUUGAGUCGAUUCAGAAGCCACUUGGAUGCAGGACAACAUUCCACCUCUCCCCGCACCAGGUGGUGGAGGGCACGGAUCCAGCGGAGGUGACUUUUGAGUCGAUUCAGAAGCCACUUGGAUGCAGGACAACAUUCCACCUCUCCCCGCACCAGGUGGUGGAGGGCACGGAUCCAGCGGAGGUGACUUUUGAGUCGAUUCAGAAGCCACUUGGAUGCAGGACAACAUUCCACCUCUCCCCGCACCAGGUGGUGGAGGGCACGGAUCCAGCGGAGGUGACUUUUGAGUCGAUUCAGAAGCCACUUGGAUGCAGGACAACAUUCCACCUCUCCCCGCACCAGGUGGUGGAGGGCACGGAUCCAGCGGAGGUGACUUUUGAGUCGAUUCAGAAGCCACUUGGAUGCAAGACAACAUUCCACCUCUCCCCGCACCAGGUGGUGGAGGGCACGGAUCCAGCAGAGCUGAGGGACGAGCUCAAGGAGGCUCUGCCCCGCGCUCCCAAGCAGCAGCUGGUGGGUGCCCGCCUGCAUGAUGAAGGACUGGUGGGUGCCCUUAUGAACGCUCAAUAG